AUGGUCUGGAACGCCUGUCCUUCCGCGGACCAUCUGCGUGUGAACAUAAGCUUUGACUCGACUCGCUUCGGAUCAGGCACCAUCCAUACCUUCCUCGACAAUCUUCUCGACGUGCUCACGGCUAUCGUCACCGACCCCGAUCGCACAGUCGACGACGUUCUGUUCUCCCAUUCGCUUGAGCAGCUCGUCGCAGCAAACAUUCCAGUCGACCCAGCGCCAAUCCCCUCACAGCCUCGUCCCACGCUCACCCAGGCCUUCUCAGACGCUGUCGCCGCCUAUCAUGACCUCCCAGCGCUCAUCGACGGAGACCUCACCUUGACUUACCGCGAAGUCGAUAUCCUCUCUUCCGUUCUCUCCCAGCGGAUCUUAGAGGCCACGAGGCAACAAGAGCUACAUGCCUUCGUGUCCUUGUGCAUUCCUUCCGGAGCCAUCGCCGUCCUGACCAUCCUUGCUAUCGUGAAGAGCGGCGCUGCAUAUGUGCCUCUUGAUGUACGCUUCCCUGCGGAACGCAUUGAGUCACUAAUCAAGGACUCCGGCGCAUCUCUUGUCAUCACCACCUCGGAGUCGGCUUCGUUUAACUUUGACCCUAAACGUGUCGCACAUCUGGAUGUCACCGGCUUCCUUGACGACAGGAAGUCUCUCGUUGCAGCGAAUGUUCGCGAGGAGCGCGACGGAUCCGUUUCCCCAUCCGAGUCUUCAAAUGACGCUGCCUACGUGCUUUACACCAGUGGCAGCACAGGCAAGCCCAAGGGUGUCGUCAUCAAGCAAUCUUCCGUCGUCGCCUUCGCCACCAACACUGACAUCUUCAAGUGGGGCCCGGGACAACGCGUCGCGCAAGUCAACAACCUCGCAUGGGACGCGAGCGUCAUCGACGUGUGGUCCUCGCUCCUGCUCGGCGCGACACUGGUGUGCUUCGACCGCUUCGACGUGCUCGACCCGUCUACGCUCGCGCAGCGCUUCCGUGAGGCGCAUAUCGACGGCUGUUUGGUGCCCACCCCACUCUUCCGCCAGUUCGCAACCACAUGCCCGGACGUCUUCCGCGAGCUCACGCAGAUCUUGACCGGCGGCGACGCGCUCGAUUACGCGAGUCUCUGCCAGGCGCGCGCGGCGGCCCCGCAUGUCGUGUUCACGAACGCGUACGGCCCGACCGAAGCGUGUGUCAUAGCGACGACCUUCGACAUCCCUCCUAGCGACGACAACCUGCCGCACGCAGGGCCUGUGCCCAUCGGCCGUCCCCUCAAGACAAGCCAGGCGCUCGUCAUCGACCGCUAUGGGCGGCUCGUGCCGCCAGGCGUCAUCGGCGAGCUGGUCGUCGGCGGCGAAGGCAUCGCCGAAGGGUACCUCAACCGCCCCGCAGAGACUGCAAGUGCGUUUGUCGAGCUGCGCGUUGACGGUCUACAUGGAAACACAAGGUUCUAUUGCACGGGCGAUGCCGUGCGUUGGUGCGACGGACAGUUGCAGUUCAUGGGCCGGAUUAAUGCGGGGCAGGUCAAGAUUCGUGGACAGAGGUUCGAACUGAGCGAGAUCGAGGCGACCGUCUUCCGCACCGGGCUCGUCAACGGCGCCGGCGCUAUUUGUUACAAGCCGACCAAUGGCGGCGACCCUAGCCUUAUCGCAUAUGUUGUUCUGGUGUUCAGGACAAAUAUGGAGCACAGCAUUCUCGAACAGCUGAGAGUAGUGCUGCCGUCUUACAUGAUCCCCGACCGUAUCAUCUCGGUGGACGCUCUUCCAGUCCACACUAGCGGGAAGCUGGACCGGCGGCAACUGGUGGCGAUGGCAGAGAAGGACGCCAGUCUUGAUAUUUGCGCAGCUGAGGGCCUUGUUUUGCCUGCAGACGACAUGGAAGCUCGACUAUGCGGUAUCUUCGGCGACCUCCUAUCGCUUCAAGCAGUUUCACCUCUCGCGGACUUCUUCCAUAUCGGAGGACACUCCUUACUUGCGACGCGACUCAAGUCUGCACUCGAAUUCGAGUUUCACGUCCCUGUUCCGCUGAGAGCGAUCUUUUCUCACUCCAGCCCGAGAAAGCUUGCUGCCAGUAUCCGAGACAUCCUCGUCUCCACUCCAUCUCAUGAGUUCUCCAUGAAAAUUUCAGCACCACUGGACGGGGCGCACUAUCCCUUAUCUUUUGCCCAGCAACGACUCUGGUUCCUUUCGCAACUCGCGUAUUUUGGCUCGCAGAACAUUUGUUACAACACUCCAUACGUCCUGAAGCUCCAAGGGCCUCUGAACGUCGACACUCUCGAGCGAACCCUCCAGGAGAUCGUCUCUCGUCACGAGAUUCUCCGCACUAUCUUCGUCGAGGUUAAUCAGGCCGCAGCUACUCAGGUCAUCGAUUUUUGUCCUCGUCUCGAAAUGGUGCCCUUGGCCCCCGAUAUCGACAAACGGUCUAUCCACAAGCUCGUUGGAGAGUAUGCCAGGCGCCCGUUCUCGCUCGACCUCGAGCCUUGUUUCCGCGCAACUCUAUUCCAGAUCUCGCAGGACCACUCCUACCUCCUCUUAUGCUUACAUCAUAUCCUAGUCGACGGUUUUUCGUUUGACGUCAUACGCCAGGAGCUGGUUGAGAUCUACGUGGCAUUCGAGGCCGGUAAAGACUACGAUCUCCCGCCACUGGGCAUCCAGUACAAGGAUUUCGCGCAGUGGCAACAGUCGGAAGACUUCGAGCGUCUCCUGGAGCCUCAGAUCGAGUAUUGGGCAAAACAACUGAAAGGGAGUCAGGCGGCGGAAGUGCCGACAGACUUCCCACGACCUCAGCAUCUCAGCUAUGAAGGGAAGACCUUCGUCGCUCGGUUUCCCCCGGAGCUCUUCACUCGACUACAACAGAUCUGUAAGCAGGAACACGUAACGAUGUUCAUGCUUCUGUCUACUGUCUUCCGCAUCGUCCAGUUCCAGCUCACCGGCCAGACGGACGCCUCCUUCGCCUUCCCGAUAGCCAAUCGCAAUCGACCUGAGACCGAGAAGCUCAUCGGGUUCUUCGUCAACACGCAGGUCCUCCGGCUGGAGGUACAUCCCGGACAGACGUUUGUGGAGCUGCUCCAGCAAGUGCGAGAGCUAUCGAUGGCGGCAUUCGAGCAUCAGGAUCUGCCUUUCGAGCGGGUCGUCUCGAUCCUCAACCCGACUCGUGACCUCAGUCGCAACCCGCUGGCGCAGGUCGUUCUCGCUUACCAAACUGUCAAGAACGCACCUUUCACCAUAGGGAACGUCCAUGCUUCCUCCUCGCGGGCUGUUAUGGACGUGACGAGGCUCGACUUGGAAAUCCACUUUUUCCCUAAGAACGACGAGCACCUGCUUGGCGAGUUCGUGUACAGCACCGACUUGUACAAGGAAGAGACGAUUGCCGACCUGUCGGAUCGUAUACGCAAGGUUUUGGAACAAGUUGCCGAC